AUGACGGAGGUGAGUCGUAAACGGCCGCACGAAGAUGAUGAGCCCGAUCUUCAUUCUUCUGUUUUUGAGCGCUACAACAGAACUAUGAGUUUGCAGGACAAGCUGGACGACCCGAACGGCGACGCCAGCGUAUCUGAACAGGCAGACGUUGAGAUGGAUGUUGCACCUCUUCCGCAGCCCAAACUACCAAGAGACAAGUCUUUAUAUUCACAAGAGCGCAAGAACAAGAAUCUUGACUGGCUGACGGAGCCGGAGUACCACGACACUUUGCAAACGAAGCCGUUCAAGGAGUUUGAGCCGGCUAUUGAUUCUGCUAUUAUUUCCAACCUGGAGUCAAAGUUUGGCAUCAGCUCUGCAUUUUCCGUUCAGAUCAACGUGAUUGAGUCGCUGAUGCGUGACAUCGCUGCUAAUAGGCUCGAUCCAACCCCUUUUGGCGAUUAUCUGGUCAAUGCAUCGACCGGGUCAGGAAAGACACUGGCCUAUCUGAUUCCAAUAGUGCACAGUUUAAUUGGCCGAGUUGUUCCCAGAAUCCGGUGUAUUAUUCUUGUGCCAACAAAGCCGUUGAUCACGCAGGUGUACGCGACGAUUUUGCAGCUGACGCGAGGGAUCAACAUCAACGCGCUUGCUCUGAGAAGCGACACCAGCGUGAAAGAGGAAACGGAUAAACUGGCUACCGUGAAUCCGGACAUCUUGGUCACCACGCCGGGACGGCUGGUAGAGCACGUGACCAAUGGCCUGGACCUAUCGCAGCUGCGGUUUUUGGUGGUGGACGAGGCAGACCGGCUGCUGAACCAGUCGUUCCAGAACUGGUGUGACGUGCUUGUUUCGAAGCUGGAACAGCAGCAGCAGUUUGGGCCUGGCCAGACGUUCUACAACACUUUUGGUGUCAAGUGCACGAAAUUGAUCUUCAGUGCUACUCUGACGACAGAUUCCGAGAAACUGCACCAUCUGAAGCUGUUCAAGCCGAAACUGAUAGUGAUCAACAACACGGAGCAGUUGGUGAACGAGUUGUACCAGAUUCCGCUCAAUUUGGAAGAGAAGUAUAUUCGUGUCAACGAGAAGCUUUCGUUCUUCAAGCCGAUGGUUUUGCUCAAAUUCCUGCAACAACAGCAAUACUCGUCACACGGACUGGUUUUCACCAAGUCGAACGAGAGCGCUAUCCGAUUGUCUCGUUUGCUGAGCAUUCUAUGUACCAAGCUUCAGUUGGACCUUGACAUUCUUUGCAUCAACUACAGUCUGAAAACGCAGCAGAGAACGCAGUUAUUGCGGCGAUUUGACGAGCAGGGCGGUAUUCUGGUGGCCACUGAUCUGAUCGCCAGAGGAAUGAACAUGGACUCAAUCAAGUUUGUGGUCAACUACGACCUGCCACUAUCCACCAAAGAGUACAUCCACCGGGUGGGGAGAACGGCCCGGGCCAAUAGACCGGGUACCGCGUUCACGCUGUGUUUUGGCGACGGCGAGUACAAGUGGUUCAAGAAACUGGUGUACUCUGGUGGAGUAAUCAACAGAAACGGCAAGCAGAUCGACGAGAUCAAGGUUGUUAGACAGGACGACGAGCACACGGCCGAGGAUUUUGUGCUGGAACUCGACAGAGACGUGUACGACGAGUCGUUGGACUUGCUCGAGAAAGAAAUCAAAAAUACCACUUAG